CUCUGCGCCUUCCGCUCUCUGCGCUCCUUCACCCUCCGCUUCCCCGCGAAGGACAUCUCCCCCCUCCUCCGCUGCUCCUCCCUCACCGCCCUCUCCCUCUGGCAGCCCACCGGCGGCUCCCUCGCCCUCCUCGCCUCCCCCUCCUCCUCCGCCUCGGGAAUUCCGGAUUUCGCAGUGCGUCAUUGCCGAUUUCUAGGCAUCGCCACUGGCAGCUCCUUGGCCAGAGCUGCUCGGGCCUGGGAACAUCAUGAGCUUCGGAGAUUCAUCACCUCGGGAAGUGCACGGCCCUCGGGGAGUUCAUGGCUUUGGGAUUCCACUUUUGCAAAAGGAUUUGAUUUUUGUUUUUUCGCAACUCCAUCCCGUCGGAUUGAAACCUCGAUUGCCUCAGCCUGUUCUCCGCGGCUCCAAAGCGUAGGUUGGGUCUGGAUCCGUCCCCAAUGUUCCGUCACCGUUCCCCCUCCGCUCUAGAGCUCAUCGCUAUACCAGAUGCACGGGCUUUGCGGAUUCGCGUUCAGAUUGUGCCAUUUUCAUCUGGCCUUCUGGCUGAGAGCUCGACAUCCACACGAGGAUAAACCCACGGAGAAGCUCCGACCGAUGACUUUGUCGGCUCAGCCUUCAAUGGCUUGUUCCUAACGUGUUGUUUCUUCGUUCGACGCUUCCAUCAACGGAAACUCAACACCAAACGGCGUAUCAAACUCUGCUAAUAAUCGGACGCAUUUCCUGAGGCUACGAGGCUUUAAAUGACGUCCGGAUCGGCCCUGAGUUCUUUGGAAUCUAUCCUCAAAUCCCUCGGGCUGUUCUCCGCAGCUCCUUGCCGAAACCCUUGAUGGUCUUCUGCCUCGGUGAUCCACGUUUACUGCAUCCCUCUUUCUUUUGACCUUCUGUAUGGAGAGCUGCCGUCUGAACCAGAAUACACGCAUGCAGAACCACCCACGCUUGUUCUGCCUCUCCUGGCAUCUGGUUUCACUGAUGGUCUGGUGCUGCUACAUUCGACCUUUCCGUAACCAUCCUUUUUACCCGUCGGCCAGCAUCUGCGUGUACGGCGCUUAACUCAGCAGGUUCACCAUCAUGACGCGUGGCAAUCACUGUCGCCUGCUGUCGCUCCCAGACGAGCUGCUCGAGAAUAUCUUUACGCGCAUCGACCACCCAUCGGACCACGCCAACGUUGCUCUCUCCUGCCCCCGCCUCCACCGCCUUAUUCGAUGCGCGCCCCUCUCUCUCAACCUCGAGUACGUCGCAAGCAGAAGGAGACUGAAGGGCUGCGACGAGAAGAACAAAGCCCAGAACUGGCUGGAUAAACUUUGCAGGUUGGCAAAGGUGUUCACGGGCGUGACCAGUUUAUCCGUGGUCAUCAGGGUCAGCCAUGGGGACGAGCUGCUGGAGGGAAUUGCGGCUGCCUUCCCGAAAUUGCGGAAGCUGAAGCUUGUGCCGCAAUGGCGAGAUUUCUACACGACCGUUGAUGCGUGGAGAGCGUUUGCACAAAAGUGCUCGCUGUUGACACCGCUUGAGCUGGGUUCCUGCGAUGCUUCCCAGGUGGACGGUUCCUCCCAGCAGCCUCUCCUCCCCCCUGGGAACGCCUUCCAGUCCCUGCAGUCCCUCGCUUUCCGCCACGUCCACAUCAACAACGUCCCCUCCCUCCUCAGUUGCUCCUCCCUCACCUCCCUCGCUCUUCACAGGCCCACUACCUCCUUCCUCUCCUCCCUCUCCUCCACCUCCUCCUGCAUUCGUCUUUCCCUCACAUCGCUCGCCAUCGACGGUGGUGGCCUCUGUGCUUUUCUCGAGGAGCUCUCUUCGUUUCCCAACCUCUCCUCCCUCUCCGUACACUCAUGCUGGUCGAAUCCACACGAGCUGCACUCAUCCACUCGUGCCCUCCACACACUCUCCCACCUCUCCAUCCACACGUACAUGUCCAGCCGUUCAGUGGCAGCCAUGGUCCGUUCCAACUCCUCCCUCGCCUCCCUCUCCCUCAGUUGCAGCGCCUAUCGUCUGUUUAGUGCACGAGGACUCGCGUUAGUGUUCCAGCUGUCGGCCGGCAAGCUCCAUACGCUAGAACUCUCCAGCCUGCUGUCGCUCCGCCCCGCUAUGCUUGCAGCCUGCAGCAGCCUGCGGUCGCUGACAGUCAAAGGAGCAAUAGGGCCGCUGGAAGGGCUGGUGGGCAUGCUGGUGAGGGUGGAGGCGACGGGAGAAGAAGGGAUGGGUGGAGAAGAGGGAGGAGGGGAAGGAGGAGGGGAGGCAAGGAAUAAAGGAGAGGAACCAGCCGUGGGAAGCAGAAUUCAUGAGGAGUUAGGGAGAGAUGGAACACCAGCAGCAGCAGCAGCAGCAGCAGCGGGAGGGGAAGUUGGGAUGAGGAGGAGGGUCUAUUUGGAUAUUCGCACAGUAGCGGCUGCAGCACAUGCGGAUCGUAUGUCUGCACUCAAGGAUACCUCCAAUCUGAGGCAUGCCUCGAAUAGGUGCUUAGACACAGUGCGCCAUUUACCUCAGAGUUAUUUCCAGACUCCAGCUCGUUUCAGAGACACGGUUCAAGCAUUCGGGAACGCGAUUGCAGCAUGUCAUGCUGUCUGUGUGGGGAUCCAAGACUUUCUCACUGCCAAGGAGAGGGAAGCAGCUCUGAUGCGAGAGUUUGCUUCCGUCCAGUCAUCGGGUGUUUUUACUGAGAGGUUCGUUCCAGAAAACUAUAGGAUUGACACUGAAGAGCUCAAAAUUGACCGCCUUGCCGCUGCUGCUGCUGCUGAGGCUGCUGCUGCUGCAGAGGCCGGUGCGCCGGCAUCCCGUGAAGCGUUUCUCGAGGUGCUGAACUCGCUUAAGGAGCAGGUGAAGAUUCAUAUAUCUGCCAUGUAUGAAUCUCUUGCCAUGCUCGCCCCUGAAGAUGAUCAGCUGAUCACAGCAGGGGAGCCAGCAGCAACCCCAGCAGCAUCACUGCAAAUGGAAAGGGCUCAGGGAGAGGAAACUUCAAGGGAGCAGCAGGAACAGUCAGGCAGCAGACGCACAGGAGCUGAAGCGAUGCAGGGAGCCAACAAUGCAACCCCUGUGGAAGUGUUCUGCCCGUGCCUGGAGUCUUUGCUCCUCGAAGAGAUUCAAUUCGUUAAUACUUCCGAGUCCUCUUGGGUGUCUGCAACCCGUCCGACUUCACCUCUCCCCGUGUACCCUGCUCGCAGUCGCCCCUCCUUCCCCCGCUUCUCCAAUUCCACCCCCCAUCCAAGCUUUCAGCAGCACUCGUUUGAGAGCAUUGCAUGGGCAGCGGUGUUUGGGUGGCUGAAGCGGCUGGCACUGGUGCGGUGCAGAGGGGUGGGGGAGGAGCAGCUGAGGGGGGUGCUGCAUGCAUGCCAGUGGCUGGUGGAGCUGAGGGUGGAGCACAGCGAGGCCAUGUCCGACGCACUGCUGCUGGCAACCACGCUCCACACCCUCACACAUGCUACUCUGGUUAAUUGCGACCAAGUCACUGCUGCUGGCAUCACAGGGGUGCUUGGAAGUUUUCCAAGAUUGAUGCAGUUGAAGGUGGAAGUGGAUAAGGUUCUUGAAAGGGCUCGGAGGAAUCUGCUUCGUGCUGGCGUGGUGGUGAGGGGGGUGUAAGCUGAUGCGAUGGGAUGGCGAUUGAGGGGGCUGUGAUGUGUUUUUUGUGUCAGGAUGUGGUAGCAUGGGGAUUUGUGGCUCCUUCAGAUGUUGUUCAUGAAGUCAGAUUCUAUGGUGCUCUAUGCCUUUAGGCAAGAUGGAAUUAGAGCUUGUCAUGGCCUACAAGGUUGCACUGCUUCACUGUGCCAAGUGGGUGAAGGCUAUGUUCGCAUCAGGAAUGGUAGGUAAUACCAUAGCUAGUCUUGGGAUCUUGUCUUAGCUUUCAUGGUAUUUAUGUUCAAAUUAUAUAAGUUAUAAUUUAAUAUAGGCUUGGUAGGUUG